CACUUUGAAGAAAACAACAUAGAGGACACAGAUACACAAAAACAAACAUCAAACAUUCGAAAUCUUUUUUCAAAUUUUAUUUACUUGAAUAUAUUCUUCUAAUGAUAUAUAUAUAUUGCAUCCAAUACCUUGAAUAAAAUCUUAGAUAUAGAACAUUUUGGCACUCUAUUAUAUAUAUGUAUAUAUUAUAUGUAUACAUAUAUACUAUAAACGUAAAAAAAUUGAAGAAACUUUGAGGGUCUUCCAAAGCAAGUUCUUUCAACAGGGCAUUGCUUGCUUCUAAUGCAUUCCCUUUAUCAAUCCUACUUUAUAUUCAAACUUUCUUUUUACAUAUUCCUCUAGUUAUUCACAAGUUCAUAAUUUAUUAUUUCAAAGACAAUCCGAAUACUUGUUGCCGCCACUUCGUCACAGGCCAUAUUUAAACCUAAAAUAAAUAAGCUUUGAAACAAAUAAAAGCCUUUAUCUUAAUAAUUAAUUGCGAAAAUUUUAAUAAAUAAUAUUAAUAAUAACUGUUCUUAUUGGACUUUAUCGGAUAACAGAGCGAGGGAUUUAUUCUUUGGCAAUGUUCUUUUCUAUUGAAACAGGGGUAAACAUGCAAAUUAGAGAGUGUUUAUAGUUACCGUUAAUACAUAAUUUUGACAUUUAGUCAAUAUUUCAUUACAAUUCUGUCUGUUCGUUGCUUCAGUAAUAACACUUUAUUAUCUGAAUUCGGCGCGGAUUAGUUCACGCAGUGUUCAAUAGAGGGAGUAUGCUACAGCAUACAAUGUCAUGACAACGAUAAUCAACUGUUGCGACAUUAAAAGUCAUGACUUUUAAUGCAGCGUGUAAACGUACCUUUAAUGCCUCGUCUUAAAUAAUUUGAGACAUAUUAUAAUUUUACCAUUAAACAAUUUAUAUCAGCUAUGUGUUACUAUUUCAUUAAAUUUUGGAAUAAAAUAUCACAAUCCUCUUUUUCUAAAACUUUCUAAUAUAUCUAGAGUACGAUAAUUCAGUUUAGAGUUUAAAUUAAGUUGAAACUGAAUUGGCUUUUGUGAGCAAUUUCAAGCGACUAUUUGAGUUUACUGAAAACUGCAUAUAUGGGCAACGGAGAUUUAGAAUUUUAUCAAUAUUAUCUUACAAUAUCAUCAUGUUAUUAAUAAGAACACAUAUCUGUCAUUUAUUAGGAUUCAUCUGAAUAUGUAUUAUGUUCAACUGCAUAUACUGCCACGAUUGCAGGCUUAAUAUUAAUUAUUAGUUGUCUAUUGAAUUAUGGCUGUACGUCGAGGAAACAGAAACUUGAAAUUGCAGGUCUCUGAGGAGACACCUGUGCCUGUCACUCCGCCAAGAAAUUUGGAUAAAAGAACAACAAUAACCAUAGGUGAUAAAACAUUUGUAGUAGAGGCAGACGAUUUAGAAACAAUCUGUAUCCUUGGACGAGGAGCAUACGGUAUUGUGGAUAAAGUACGACACAAACAAAGUGGUACUAUUAUGGCAGUUAAGAGAAUAACUGCAACAGUUAAUACACAGGAGCAAAAGCGUUUACUUAUGGACUUAGAUAUUUCCAUGCGUAGUUCGGCAUGUCAAUAUACAGUACAAUUUUAUGGAGCAUUGUUUAGGGAAGGAGAUGUUUGGAUAUGUAUGGAAGUUAUGGAUAUGAGUUUGGACAAAUUUUAUACGAAAGUGUAUAAGCAUGGUCGUGCCAUUCCUGAAGAUAUCUUAGGGAAAAUUGCUUUUGCAGUAGUAAGUGCAUUACAUUAUCUGUAUUCGCAAUUACGGGUGAUCCACAGGGAUGUGAAACCUAGUAAUAUUUUAAUUAAUCGAAAAGGAGAGGUCAAGAUCUGUGACUUUGGUAUAUCCGGUUAUCUUGUGGAUUCUGUUGCUAAGACUAUUGAUGCUGGUUGUAAACCGUAUAUGGCUCCAGAAAGGAUAGACCCGUCGGGUAACCCUUCACAGUAUGACAUCAGGUCUGAUGUUUGGUCGUUAGGUAUAUCUCUUGUUGAACUAGCAACAGGAAAAUUUCCCUAUGAAUCUUGGGGAACGCCGUUUGAACAAUUAAAACAAGUUGUAAAGGAUGAAGCACCAAAGCUGCCAGCUGAUAAAUUUUCGGCCAAUUUUGAAGAAUUUAUCAAUAAAUGUUUAAUGAAAGAUUAUACUGCCCGUCCAAAUUAUAAUCAAUUAUUGAAACUUGAUUUUAUCACAGAGCAUGCCAAAAAGGACAUAAAUGUUGCUGAAUUUGUUGGAGAAAUUUUGGACCUACCUGAAGUUGAGUAAUCAGCAUAGUAUAUAAAUAUUUUUGACAUGGUGUGUUACAUGAUCUUUAAUGUAACUUCGUAUUAUGUAUCGAAGUUAUGUAAUCAGUUCUUUAUAUCUUCAUCAGUCAUAUUAUUCACCCAUACAUACGCACGCUACAAGUAAAUUAAAGUAUAGUGUAAAACAUAAUAUGUGUAACUUUUGUCUAAAAAUCUAUGUCUUCAGAAGUUCACUUUCUUGUUUGUUCGAUAUGUAACCUAUGUACAAUUUUCAUUAAUAAUUUCUUCCGGAUUAGUAACUAUUCUUUAAACAGAGAGCAAACCCAUGUAAAUAAUAUACAAAUAUUUUCUCACAUAUAACAAUAGAUUGUUAUUGUAGUAAUGUAGUAAAUAAAGUCUAAAUCAUAAAUA